AUGCGGCUCAUCAACACUGACACCUUAGAACUCGAGGAGUACUUCGGUUCCGACAUUCCGGCUUAUGCCAUCCUCUCGCGUACCUGGGGCAAGGGCGAGGUCCUCUUCCAAGAUUGGAUAGACCGCGGUCUCAGAGAAGCCAAGCCUGGGUAUCGCAAGAUUACCAUGGCCUGUAAUUAUGCAUCAGGUCAUGGACAUAGGUACCUUUGGGUCGACACCAAUUGCAUCGACAAGACUUCGUCGGCGGAGCUGACAGAGGCGAUUAAUUCAAUGUUUACCUGGUAUCAACGUUCGACCGUUUGUUAUGCAUACCUUGAAGAUGUCCCGCUCGUGGAAUUUGUGAAAAGUCGAUGGUUCACGAGGGGGUGGACGUUGCAAGAGCUCCUGGCUCCGGAGGAACUGAUCUUUUUUGACCGACAGUGGCAGAAGCUGGGUGACAAAAGCCUACAUCUCUCGAAGCUCUCUGAAGCCACCGGGAUCGAAAGCGGAUACCUCGACGGCUCCAAGCAUCUCGAUGACGCUUGCGACGCCGAAAAGAUGAGCUGGGUUUCGCACAGAUUUACCACACGCGUAGAGGAUAUGGCAUACUGCAUGCUCGGUAUUUUCAAUAUCAAUAUGCCGAUGCUCUACGGCGAGGGCGAGAAGGCCUUCACCCGGCUGCAACAGGAAAUCAUCCGCAAUGGCGAUGAUCAAUCGAUCUUCUGUUGGACCUGGCAUCAGGACACACCCGACGAAUGGAGUAGCAUUUUAGCACCCCAUCCGUCCUCAUUCUCAAAUUACCGGACCACACCAUCCAGCCCUGUGAUUCUUGGUAGAAGGAUUGAACCCUACUCCAUCACAAAUCAGGGUCUGCGUAUACGGCUCCCAAUCCUGUCCACAUGGUCUUACUUCCUCACAAUCUUGGGUGUUGGGGAUUUCCGAGACCAAUUCUUAUAG